AUGUCCUCCAAGACUCGAGUUCGCAACCUCCUGGUAUAUACCGAUGAGGUCGGCAAGUCUUACAUCCAAUUGUCUCCCGAUUCCACCCGGUUCAAAGUUGUGGAAGCCAUAAUCGACAUGGCCCUUUCCAUUCUCGAGACUCCCAAAGGCAGACAGAGUCUUGUCGACGUUGCCACCCGGUUCGUUGUGGCACGCAACAGUGCAAAGAAUCCCGUCCCCCACUUGUACAAGCGGCCGAUGAACGAGAUGCCGAAAUGUAUCGAUGAGUUCUUGGACAAGACCAGAAAGAAUUUUCCUUACACUUUCCUUACCAUAACCGACGGGGAAGCCAUCGCAGUCAAGGAGGACUGGGGCACAGACAUGGCCCAAUACGACCCCUAA